UUGUGUGUUUUAGAUGUACAAUUUUAAUAUGAAGAAAUUACUUGCUAACGGCGUGGUUCAAUUAUUUAAUUUCCGCAAGUUUUCUCAAAAACAAUUAUGUGAAGAUGGAUUGACCAAUUUACACAUUGUGUUAUUACCAAAACAUUUCUGUGGUCUUUAACAUUUAUAAAUGCUGAACUCGUGACAAUGCACUUCAUUUUGUCGUCAAUACUUUUUGCGAAUUAUUUUGCUUCAAUAUUAACGAAAAAAUAUUUGGUAUUGAAGAAUUUAAAAAGUUUUCAAAAGAAAUGAUUGAUUACGUAGCAAACUAUUAUGAAAAUGUUGAAGACAGAAAAGUUCUUCCAAAAAUUAAACCAGGUUACCUUAAGAGUCUUAUACCUUCAAAAGCCCCAGUUGAGCCAGAUAAAUGGGAAAAUAUAAUGGAUGACAUUGAAAAAGUUAUUAUGCCAGGUGUCACUCACUGGAGACAUCCUCACUUUCAUGCCUUUUAUCCAACUGCAAACAGCUUUCCUUCAGUUGUAGCUGAUAUACUAGUUAAUGCUUUGUCUGCUCCAGGAUUUUCUUGGAUAUCAAUGCCAGUUAGUACUGAAUUAGAAAUGGUAAUGAUGGAUUGGAUAGCAGACCUCAUAGGAUUGCCUCAGUAUUUUAAGUUUUCAUCAAACAGCACUGGGGGUGGCGUUAUACAAAGUUUUGCUAGUGAUGCAACCUACCUUACGCUAAUACUAGCGCGUUCUAUUGCACUAUCAAAAAAGUCAAAUAAAGAAGCCCAGUCAAAACUUGUAAUGUAUACUUCAAGCCAGGCUAAUUAUUCAGUAAUUAAGGCUGCUUUACUUGCUGGAGUAAAACUACAUUAUGUAGACACAGACAGCCUGUUUAGACUUGAUGGUACAUCUUUAGCAAAAGCUAUAAAAAAGGACAAAGAGUGUGGUUUUGUCCCAUUCUAUCUUUGUGCAAACUUAGGUACUACAACUUCAUGUGCUUUUGACAGAAUUGAAGAGUUAGGACCAAUAUGCAAUAAAGAAAAUAUUUGGCUGCAUGUAGAUGCAGCUUAUGCGGGAAGUUCUUUUGUAUGCGAAGAGAAUCGUCAUUUUAUGAAAGGUAUUGAACUAGUAGACUCGUUUAAUUUUAACUUACAUAAGUGGAUGCUUGUAAACAUGGAUUGCUCUGCUCUAUGGCUUAAAGAUAAAAGUAAAUUAAGUAAUGCAUUCAAUGUUGAGGCUUUAUAUUUACAUGACUCUACUAGUGAAAAAAUACCUCAAUAUCGACACUGGCAGAUUCCUUUAGCACGUCGAUUUCGUUCACUAAAGAUAUGGUUUACACUUCGUCUUUAUGGUCAAAAAGGAAUACAGAGCUAUAUUAGAAACCACAUUGAACUAGCCAGGAGGUUUGAAGAACUUGUUCGAUCAGAUGAACGGUUUGAGAUUUGUUAUCCAGUGACAAUGGGUUUGGUGUGUUUUCGUAUUAAAGGAAGUAACGAGCUAAACGAAAAGCUGAAUAUGUCAAUAAAUUCUGAAGGUUCUAUUUUUAUUACUCCUUCAAAACUUGGAGAUAAAUACAUUUUGAGGUUUGUUGUUACUUAUGAGCAUGCAAAUCUAGAUCAUAUAAACUACGCAUGGGAUGUUAUUAAAAAACACGCCGAGUUGUUAUAAAUAUUACACUCUGUUUUUGUUAAGAUUAUUGCUAAAAUAACAAUAAAAUGUUUCUAAGUCUUCAGAGCAUCGACAACUUUUUUAAGUUUUUGAUGUAAUUUUCAAACAUAAAAAAUCUCAAAACUUUUCCGCGUUUAGGUUCAUGUCAAAUAUAGGUGGUUUUAAAUUUUUAUUAACUAAAACCUCAGUAAAUUUUUUAAUAUA